CCCUCUCCCACCCCGUACCUCGUGCUCUUCGCUCCGCCAUGGCCGCACCGCUCUCCGCCGACGGCCUCACGCGCGAGGUGGCCGCGCUGCUGGGCGCGCUGCCCGACACGCUGCCCGCGCUCUCGCCGCUGCCCACGCUGCCGGCGCCCGACGCGCUGCCCGGCCUCAUCGACCACACGCUCCUCGCGCCUCACUCGACGCCCGCCGACAUUGAGCGCGUGAGCGCUGAAGGAGCAGCUUUGAAGGCUGCCACCGUCUGCGUCAACUCGUCGAUGGUGCCCUUUGCGGCGGCGGCGCUCAAGGGCCACGCCACGCGGCCCAUCGCGACCAUCGGCUUUCCCUUUGGCGCGGGCGGCAGCGCGGCCAAGGCGCUCGAGGCACGCACCGCGGUGGAACAGGGCGCUGCCGAGAUUGACAUGGUGCAGAAUGUCGGUCUGUUGCGCGCCGGGCGCCUGCACGAGGUGUACCUCGAUGUGCUCGGCGUCGUCGAGGCCAGCAAGCCGGCGCCCGUCAAGGUGAUCCUCGAGACGGCCUCGCUGCAGCGCGAGGAGAUCGCCAUCUCGUCUCUGAUCUCUUGUCUCGCCGGCGCGGCGUUCAUCAAGACGAGCACCGGCUACGGCCCCGGCGGCGCCACGCCCGAGGCCGUGCGGCUGAUGCACUUCGUCGCGGCGCCGCGCGGCGUCGCCGUCAAGGCCAGCGGCGGCAUCCGCACGCUCGCUGCCGUGCGCACCAUGGUCGAGAGCGGCGCCACGCGCGUGGGCGCCAGCGGCACGGCGGCCAUAGUAAGCGAGGCGCGAGGUGGUGCUGCGGCUACGGGCAGUGGCUACUAAUGGAAUGCAAAGUCACCCG